AUGAUACGGGAAUUAGAGUAUAGAGACACCCAACCCAUCAGCGUUCCUCCCUUGCUAGAUCAGCGUCUACAUUUUACAGAGAAUCAAAGUGCCUCAGACCUUUUAAAAUCAUCACAAGUAACUGAACAGGAAAGUCACAAUCUAGAAAGUAUAAAUAUGGCGACAAGUGAUAAUACAAAACCUACAAUACCAGCGAAAGACUCACUCGAACAAGAUAAAUCUAUUCAAUCUAAAAAUCGCUACCAAAAUAAUAAAUCCGAGGGUGAUAGUGCACAAGAAAUUGCACAAGUUACGCCUAAUACACCAAAUGUGUCAGAAUACACUGUCACUGAAUCUAAGGACGGAAACGAAAUCUUACAGGAUGAAAUUGCUGACCAACUCAAGCAUGAGACAGUUGACAAAAAGAUUGAUAACCAACCCUAUCCGGUAGAGCUAUCAGUUGAGCGGAACCAAGAAAAUCAUCUAAUUAUAAACACAGAUGAACAGAUUAAUUUCACUGAGGAUUUAGAUGGUUCCUACCAUGAAAUAUGCGAAAAUAAUAUUGAAAUAAAAUCAGUAAAAAGUGAAGAAUCACAAUCGAAGUCUCUCAAUGUUGCCCCACUUGUAUCACGGCGGCAAGAAAAUGAGUCUUCGAAGGCACAAAAUGACUCUGUCAUACAUCGCAUAUCCAAGACCUCCCUUGCGGGUGAAAAGUCUUCUAUAAAUGAAAAUAUAGGCCAAAUAAAUAAUCACUCGACAAUAACUUCCGUUAGCUUAGAAAAUGUUGUUACAGAUCCCAAAUUAUCUUCAUCUGAGACAGCUAACGAUACUCUGGCUUCUAGGACUAGGAAUCUAUCUAUUACUGAAAAUAUUACCUUAGGCAUAAGGACAACGGAGGAUGGUAAAUAUCCCGAGAGUUUGAAUUCCUCGAAGAUAACUACAGAUUAUCCACUUCGUUCGGCUUCAAUAUCAACAGAUCAAGCAGAGAAUCCUACAGUCCCUCCGUGGCGCGAGAGUAACUCGCAGCAAAAUUGUGAUAGUCGAAACUUUAAAAAUUUAGACGCUCCAUCUAGGUCUCCCAAUGAUGCUGGAAAUAACUUGCCGACAUUCAAGGAAAUAUUAGCAUUAAACAAUGCAAAAGAUAGGAUAAAAACCUUUAAUCAUAACCGAAAAGCUUAUGCUUCAAUAGACUCAGGCUUGGAGGAAUGGGCCCAACAAGUUAAAAAAAUGUAUCCCGAAUACGAAGACGUUACGGCAAGCUUUGACGGUCCUGAACCGAGAAUAUCGGGUGGAUUUGGGUCAACUCGAGCUAUAUUUGCAAAAGUAACAGGUUCUCAACCAUUCCUUCCGUCAGGUUACCAUCAGCGUCAGCAAAGUGGUCUUCAACCAACGCCUACAACUCCCAACUUCCGGCACAGCAUGAUGCCUGCUAUGCAGAGCACGCCUCAGGUCUCUGUGUCAACAAAUAGGUUGAAGAGCCACCAAGUGCAGACAAAGGGAAAAGAGCUUCUACACACUGCUGGUGUUUUCGGAGGCAAAGCUGGUAGAGUGGGAAAAGACUUUCUUGCUAAGGGUAAGAACCGGCUUCGCUCUGCUGGAGCUGGAGAUCACAAGACAGAGUAG